UACUACAGAAGUCUUUCAGACUAAAUAUUAAAGAAGAUUCAAUCGAUAAGUACUGUUAUAUCUAUAAGUUGAUUAUUUAUAAAAAAUAAAAGUUGAAUCAUGGAGACAGACUCACUUGUGGAAUAUGAAUCUGCUGAUGAGGACGAAAUCGAGCCUUUGAAAAAAAUAUAUGUUGAAAGUUUGGUUAUUUCGUUGAUUCCUGGAGUCCUAACGCACUGGACAGUAAUGAUUUACUCAAAAAUUAACGAAGUUCCGAAAGAAGUCUUGGACGAUUUUUGGAUAUCAACAUCCACCAUCACGAGAUUAUUUAUCGAUAUAUUAUCUUCCUUAGCGGUGUUUCACGACUCACUAGAUUUCGAAAGCAUAACACUAUUAAGAACAAUUUGUGCAUCCAUUAUGGGUAUUCCGAUAAUUAUGGGUAUCUUUAGUAUAAGUCAUCUGCCUCAAAUUAAUGAAAUUAUUGAGCGCGAUAAAGAUAGGCAGAUAGAUGUAUUUCCAUUUAUAUUUAUCGCAUAUUCUAUGUAUUUAUUUAUCACCGGAAUACUGUGGCUUACCUAUAACCGCAUACUGAAAAUAAAACUGAAUAUGAUUAUAACGAGGAUUAUAUAGAUAAAAAAUUGUCACAAGUUAAUUAUUAUAUACCCCUGAAUAAAAACUCGAAUUAGGAAAUCCUUAAUCGACUGCGAUCAGAAUUUUUCGAUUAAACCCAACUAAAAGGUAACCAGAAAUUUCCGAUCUUAUGAUUUCCGGUUAAGUUACCAAAUAAAUUCAAUCGGAUUUAUUCGGAGUUUUCAAUUCAGUGCCGACAAAUGAUAAAUUUGUUAUAUGGUCAGGUCCCAAUUCUAUAUCUGAGCAAAUAUCGUUAGAUCUGACCAUAUCGCAACUUAUCUAUUCAUGGAUGAAAAAAUUUUACGAUGAUA